UUGGCCACAGAGGAAGCCACUGCACAAAGAAGGGAAAUGACUCGGCUAAGGUCACCUGGAGCUGGGGCUGAGCCCAGCAUCGCGAGUCCUGGUGCCACAGCUGAGCUGCACCAGCCCGUACACUGUGGUGAGUUUCAUGCGUUGCCAAAAGUCAUCCUGGGGUGCCCAGGGGAAAAUCGAGCACUCAAAAGCCACGUGGCGGAAAAUGUGGACACAUUGCCCUCAGAAUCAAUAGAAAAAAGCAGGGGAUUGAGGGUUACAGAUGGGUUUGGACAAAUUAGAACAAAUGAGGACAAGUCAGAAAGACAACAGUGAGGGGAAGGAGCCCUUAGGGUGAUGCAGGAACGGAUGCCCAUUGUCACCUCUGGGCUUUGCAGAGAGCUUCCUGAAGCAUGUAUUCCUCCACAAAGAGCAAGAUCCCAAUUUGGGAUAACAAGCAUGUGUGUGGGUUUGGUGUUGGACCCGGGUCUGGGUGCAGGAACCGCGUGCUCUAUCAAAUGCAUUUUUCAGGUGAACACAAUGACAGUCCCUGCAGGCUGGAGAUGAGGAGCACUUCCACACCUCACAGACCCUGCAGUGUGCUGCCCUGUGAGCCCCCACCCCGCCGGCAUUGUGCCGAGCCGGGCCUCCCUUUUCCUGUAGGUGGGGUUUCCAUAGGAAGCUCAGCCGGUCCACCUCCCACCCCCGGACACCGCUCCUGGCCGCAGUGGUGGCCGAUCCCUCUGCUCCCUGUUGGGAUGCUCCAGCCCAGGAUGCUCGGCCGCCCGUCCCGGGCUGAUGGCAGGGCAGGGGACAGCCUCCGGAUCCCCUCGCUCUCUCUGCUCCUUCCCAACUGGUGAGUGGCGAUGGGCAACGAGUGAAGACGCGGUGUCUUGGUGCGCGCUCUGAGGUCCAAGCAGGAUGUGGAGGCAGGUGGGAGAGCCCACAGCCACUAGCUGGGCAAUGGGCAUCCUUGGCGGGCUGCUGCUGCUGGGUCGCUCGGCUCUACAGCUCCGGGCCCUCUGGUGGCUCCUCUUCCUCUCCACCGAUGCACAGGAGGUGGCCACCAUCACGGUGCAGUACCGCCUGUUCGAGGAGGUGCCGGAGGGCACCGUGAUAGGGAGGCUGGCUGAGCAUUUUGAGCGUGGUGAGAGCGGAGAAAUGGGGGAAAGCUUCCGUCUGCUGCAGAGCCCCGGGAUGUUCCCUCUGCACGUGGGGAGUGGGGAUGGUGAGCUGAGCACAGCCGGGCGCGUGGACAGGGAGCAGCUGUGCCGGCACAGCGAUCCUUGCUGGGUCUCCUUUGAUGUGCUGGCCACUGAGCAGCUGGCUCUGAUCCACGUGGAGGUCCAAGUGCUGGACAUCAAUGACCACGCGCCUCGCUUCCCCACACCUGAGCUGGAGCUGGAGAUGUCGGAGAGUGCAUCGCUGCAGAUGCGCAUCCCGCUGGACCGAGCACUGGAUGCUGACACCGGCCCCAACGCGCGCUGCUCCUAUGCACUGUCCCCCAGCGAGCACUUCGCGCUGGAUAUCGUCUCUGGAUCUGACGGCACGAAGCACGCUGAGCUCGUCGUGGUUAAAGAAGUGGACCGGGAGCUGCACUCCUCCUUCGACCUGGUGCUGACGGCUGCCGACCAUGGGGAGCCGCCUCGGUCAGGUACAGCUUUGAUCAAAGUCAUCGUCCUUGAUUCUAAUGACAACAGCCCCGUGUUCGCGGAGAGCUCGCUGGUGGUCGAGGUUCGGGAGGAUGCUCCGCCCGGGACACUGCUGGUGAUGGUCACAGCCACUGAUCCCGACCAGGGACCCAAUGGGGAGAUCGAGUACAGCCUCAGCAAGCAUGCACCCCCAGAGGUGCUGAGCACCUUUGGCAUCGAUGCCCACAUGGGAAGCGUGGUCCUGAGGCGCCCACUGGACUACGAGGAGACCCACACCUACGAGCUGGACGUGCAGGCCAGGGACCUGGGUGCCAACCCCAUCCCAGCACACUGCAAGGUGCUGGUCCGGGUGCUGGAUGUCAAUGACAAUGCUCCCGAUGUCCGUGUCACCUGGGCGGCGUGGGCACCCGUGCUGUCCGAGGCUGUCCCCAAAGACAGCUUUGUGGCUCUGGUGACAGCCAGCGACCCCGACUCAGGGAACAAUGGGCGUGUGCACUGCUCCCUGAGCCCAGGGGACGAGCACUUCAGGCUGAAGCAGACCAACAGCCACAGCUACCUGCUGAUGACCAAUGCUGCGCUGGACCGGGAGCUGCGCGCCGAGUACAACCUGACGCUGGUGGCACGGGACCAGGGUGAGCACUCCCUGAUGGUGUGGAAGCACCUCACCAUCUGCAUUAGCGAUGUCAAUGACAACGCUCCCUCCUUCGAGAAGACCUCCUAUGAGCACGCUGUGGAGGAGAAUGGUGAUGUGCCGGCUUUCCUGCUCACCGUCCAUGCCACCGAUCCUGACCUGGGCUUCAAUGGGAAGGUCACCUACAGCAUCCGGGACUCCUCAGUGUCAGGCCUGAUCUCCAUCGACCCCACCAGUGGGGACCUCAUUGCCCUUCGAGCUUUUGACCAUGAGCAGAUGAGCAGCCUGGAAUUCCUGGUGACCGCAGAGGACGGUGGCCACCCCGUGCUGGCCUCCAACGUGUCUGUCCGGCUGGAGGUGCUCGACCGGAAUGACAAUGCACCUGUGGUCACUGAGCCACCGCUGGUGGGAGGCAUGGCCACGCUGUCUGUGCUGGUGGGUGCGGAGACAGGCUGCGUCUGGGUGACCCCUGGCAACGGGAGUGCCUUGGGGAUGACACUGGCCAAUGUGUCAUGCUCCGACACACCACUGCUCUUCACCAUAGUGGCCAGGGAUGGAGACUCCGGCCGCAACGGGGCUCUGCGAUAUGACAUCGUGGGUGGGGAUGGUGCGGGGCUCGUGGUGCUCGACCCACUCUCGGGACAGGCCUUCCUCAACGCCAGCAAUGCCAGUAGGCUGGCUGGCACCCAGAGAGAUCUGGCCGUCCGUGUCAGUGAUGGUGGGGAUGAACCCCUGCAUGCCCAGGCCUGCGUGCGUUUGCUCUUCCAACGCCAUGGGGCCUUCUCCAAAAUGUCAGCUGGGGGGUCGGGCUGGCUAAGCCCACCCGUGGUGGCCGCCAUCUGCCUGGCCGCGCUCCUGGGCAGCUGCCUGCUCCUUUUGGCCCUCACCCUGUCCCUCCGCAAGAAGGAGAAGAAGGACGGCAUGGCCUACAACUGCCGGGAGGCAGAGGACGCCCGCAGGCAGCAGCAGCUGAAGAAGCCGCCCCGGCAGAUCCAGAAGGCCGACAUCCACCUGGUGCCCACACCGUGGGGCCGGCCCCGGGGGGCUGAACCCCAGCAGCCCAGCACGGAGGGCUCCCUGCAGCCUCCCCCCCUCCUCACCCCCACUCUCUACCGGACCCUGAGGAACCAGAGGGCCUCCAGGGACUUGGAUGAGGAACAGGGGAUGUUCACCCUCCCCAUCGUGCAGCGCCGGCCCUGCCCGCCCCACAGGCCGAAAAACAGCCCCACGGAUGUGAUGGGGAAGCUACCGCCUGAGGAGCCCCUGCUGUCAGCCCCACAGCCCCGGCCGCCCCAGCACAUCCUGCGCAGCCUGGUGCGCCUGUCUCUGGUGGCCCUGGCGGAGCAGAGCCCCAGUGGGGAGUUCUCCAUGGAGUCGGCCCCUGUGCAGCAAAUCUCCCAGCUGCUGUCUCUGCUGCACCAGGGCCAGUUCCAGCCCAAAACAAACCACAGGGGAAACAAAUACACGGCCAAGAAUGGCAGCAGGGCAGCAGGACUGGAUGCUGACUGCCUGAGCACAAAGGACAGCGGGCAUGGUGAGAGCGAGGCCGAGGACCGCGACUCGGAGAAUGGCUUCGAGCUGUCAGUGCAGCAGCUGGUGGGAGAGGAGCUGGAGACCCUGCUGGAGCCACAAGCGGAGAGAGAAAGGUGAAAAGCUGUGCCCCUUGUGAUCUUCUAGACCCCCUGAGCCUCACCAGGUCCCUCCUUCCUACCAGGCUGAACAGGCCCACUCUCAUCUCCUGUUGCCAUCCUAGUUAUUUUCUUCCACAUUCUUACAAUUUUUUAAAAAUGUAUUUGUUGAGAUGCGGUGAUCAGAAUUGUGCACAGGGCUUAGGAUCCAUCUGUCUUGGUGGUAGAAGGAAGUUUCUUGGUUGUUCUUCAUUCCUUUCCUGCCCAGGCUGCACACCGAGCUGUCAUUGAACACGGUGGCCCCAGAUCCCUCCUGUGCACGGUGGGAGUCACCAACACACGACGUGUGGCUCCCAAUGUUGGUCAUCCAAUAGCUGUAGUCAGGGAAAGCCACCAGCCAUUUUUUGCUCACAUCGCUGGGCAUUAGGUCCUCCAGCAGCUCCUUGCUUUUACCCCUCUGGGUGUUCCAGCGGAAUCAGUGCUAACACAGCCCCUGCUCUGCAUCGUUUACCCCUGUGUAGAACAGCACAGGUCUCAGGCUUUCUGUUGGGACUCCACUAAUGACUUUCUGGGGAAGAUUUAUUCCUCCCCUUGCUUCCUAGCUUUUUAACAUCCCUUAGUUCCUAACACAGCCUGGCUGUUAAUUCAGGUUCAGCUCAGGCCCUCUGCAAGCUCAGGUGUCCUCUGUCAGCCAGGUGUCAUCAUCUACCUCCUUCAGAGACACCAACACAUUUGGAAAACACAAUCUUGCAAAUGCCGUGUCAGUUCCUGUCUGUGUAACAGGUAUUCAGCUAUUAGCUCGUAUAUAAUGAUUGCUACGAAUCUGCCCAGACUAGAUUCACCUUUAUGAGUUUAAAAGCUCAUGUCAUCAUUUCUUCCUUCUGCUCCUCUGAUAUUGUAUUUAUUUGAAGCAGUAGUUAACGAACAACAGCUAAUAAACUGAGCAAUUUCAUAUCUGAGUUCUUCCAGCACUCUGGGGUGGAUACCAUCUGGGCCUGACAUUUUCUACAUGUUCCUUUUAUUGAUUUGUUCCAAAUCUCUUCUACUGGCAUUUCCAUUUGAAAGAGUUCGUCUGACUCAUGUCCUGCAGCAGAAAUUGCUUUGUGGAGCCUCUGUGCUCCUCCACAGCGAGCGCAGAGAUGAAGAAUUCAUUGAAUUUUGCUGCUGUGGCCUCACCUUCUCCUUUCACGCUGCUGUCAGAUCUUGGGCUGUAACAGCUCUCCAUGCCCACUGAUCAGAACAGGGUUAUUUGGUGUUCCUCAGCAAUGUUGAUGGCCUGCCAUGUUGGUUUUUUUUUUUUUGCUCGGCUUAUAGCACUGGUUUAUAUAUUCUCCAUGCCUCCUGCAAGCAGGUGAAUUAAGUUGGGGAGUGACUGCAGCAAAUUGUUGUGACUUAAGUAAUCUGUGCUAUGGCCAGGCAGACCCAAAAAGGCUCACCUCCCAUACUUCCUGGGGGUGGUAGGAAAAAAGCUUUUUACCAAAUCACUUGAAUUUCACAGUAAAUACCAGUGGUGCAUGCCGAGUCUAUGCUGGUGCCUUCCUGCACACACUGUAGUGCUGGAUGUGACAAAAGAGGCCGUGGUGAAAAAUAAUCCUAACCGUGAGCUCAGGCCUUCCCAAAAAGGCAACGGAGCGCAGACAACAGAGCUGCUGGACUCCUUCCUUCUCUCCCAAACACAAACACAAGUGGACCUGCAUCCUGAAAGAGGGAGGAAGGAAGCAUUGCUUGCGCUCAGAAGUAUCCUAACAGCUGGCUGAGGCUGCCUGGGCCUUUGUGUUAUU